GCUGCAGCCAAUGGCGAUCCCGGCGGCCCUAGAUUCGGCGUGGGGGGGGGUCGUACCGCCGAGCUCCGGCACCGCAGAGAUCCGCCGGGCACCCCGGGGCAGAACGAGCUGAGCCCCGGCUAUGCGGCCCCGAGGAUAUCUCUGUGCUCGGAGGCUGUAGCCAUGAGCAUCGACUCCUCCAUCUCAUCCUCCCCACCCCGGGAAGGCAGCUCCAUCCCGCAGCCCCCCGGGAGCGCUGAGCUGCUGCGCUGCCCGUCCUGCCGCCUCCUCCUUUGGGAGCCGGUGACCGUAUCGUGCGGGCAUUCCUUCUGCAAGCUGUGCCUCGGCGGGGCCGUGCCCUCCCGCUGCCCCGUGUGCCACCGCCGGCUGAAGCUGUUGGGCGUCGAGGCGGCGAGAUGCAACGUGGUGCUCUGUAACCUGCUGGAGAAGUGCGAGGAGAGGGAGAGCCGCUCGGCCAGGCUGGCAGCAUGUGUCCGGAGUCAUCUUGCCCGUGGGGACCUGCAGGAUGCUCUGAGGAUGGCCCAGAAGGGCAUCGAGAUGGCCCCGGAGGACACAUCCCUGCGUCUGUGCCGGGCAGAGGCCUUGGCAGCCCUGAAGCGGUAUCCAGAGGCACUGCAGGACCUGGAGGCUGUGUGCAGGGCUGAGCCCAUGGAGUGUAAAGGCUUCUACAGGAAAGGGAAGGUGCUCCUGGAGAUGGGACAGAGAGCUGAAGCCCUGCUGGCAUGGGAGCACUGCCUGAUGCUCAAUCCCCAUUUCCAGCCUGCACGGAGAGAGAUGGAGAAGGUCCUCACAUGGGAGGAUGUUUCUCAGCCAUGUGUUGCCCACCGGGGUUCAACAGGUCCCCAGGAAGAGCAGGAUGAAGGGGGCCCUGCAUCUUCUUCCACACAAGCUCAGGAACAGGAGGAGGAGCUGGAGGCUGGUGGUGGAGACGAGGUGUCUGAACACAGCCAGGGGACACCUGUGGGGCAAUGGAGAAUGCCAGUGGCUGUGGCACAAAGUGAGGACAGGCAUGAAGCUAAUGAAGAGGAAGCAGGAGCAAUGAGUAAACUGCUGCCCCUUGAGGACCUGCUGAGUGUUUCUGACUUGGAGUGCUCUCUCUGCAUUCGGAUGUUCUUUGAGCCGGUGACGACACCAUGUGGACACACCUUCUGCAAGGAGUGCCUGGAGCGCUGCCUGGACCACCGGCCCAACUGCCCACUCUGCAAGCAGAGCCUGCGAGAGUACCUGAAGGCAGGGAGCUACAGCCCCACGCUGCUGCUGCAGGACAUCAUGCUGGCUGCCUUCCCUGCACAGCUGGCUGAGCGCCGCGAGCUGCACCAGGCUGAGAUGGCUGAGCUCUCCAACCUGACCACAAACAUCCCCAUCUUUGUGUGCACGAUGUCCUUCCCUGGUGUCGCCUGCCCUCUGCACAUCUUUGAGCCUCGCUACCGCCUGAUGAUCCGGCGGUGCCAGGAGACCGGCACCAGGAGGUUUGGCAUGUGCAUAUAUGAGAAUGGGAAAAGCUUUGCAGACUAUGGCUGUAUGCUGGAGAUCCGGCAGCUGGAGCUGCUGGCAGAUGGCAGGUCGCUGGUGGACACCAUCGGUGGGCGCCGGUUCCGGGUGCUGAGACGUGGGCACAGAGAUGGCUACAACACAGCUGACAUUGAGUACCUGGAGGACAAGAAGGUGGCUGGGGAGGAGCUGCAGGAGCUGCAGAGCCUGCAUGAAAGCACCUACCAGCUGGCCCAGAGGUUUUGGGAGCAUGGGGAUGUUGCCUCCAGGCACCUUUUGCUGCAGCACGGACCACUGCCAGAGAAGGAAGAGGACAUCCAGGCUUCUGCUGAUGGCCCAACCUGGUGCUGGUGGCUGAUCUCCAUCCUUCCCCUUGAUCCAUCUUUCCAGCUCAGGCUCUUCUCCAGCACAUCACUGCACGCCCGCCUAGCCCAGCUGCAGCGCAUCCUCCUGGCCCUGCUGCAGCCCUCACCUGAGCACAACCCCCAGGACCUUGUCUGAUCCUCCAAACUCUUUGAAUGGGAGAAUGCAGCCCCUUGGGUUUCCUCAUGCAUUUCUUUGUGGUUUGAGUCCUACUAAAAGCAACAUUAACGAGGUCAGUGCUGCUGUCAGCAGUGACUCAAUGCCGUCCAUACUGGCCCUGGGCGGUGGAUGAUGAUGUGGACUUGCCAUACCACAGGAGAGGACCAUGCCAGAAGGGUGGGUUGUGCCUUUAGAAGUCAAAAUCUCUUGCUGAAUUGCGUUGGCUCUAAGAAGGGCUGUCUUUAGGGCAGAGGACUGAGUGCUGGGGCUCUUCCUCUCUGAAAGACAAGGUAGGGCUUUGGGUAGUGCUCCCACUCCAUGGGGCAGGAGAUAGAAAGUCAUGGGAGAUGUGGCACCAACCAGGAUGCCCUGUUGGCUUUCUCCAGCCUCAAGAGCUGAAAGCUCAGCCUCUGCAUGAGUGUUUAGCCUUAUUUCCAAUGAGAACAAGAAGAAAAGUUUAAUUAAGUGAUCAGUGGGCUCUGAGAUACUGAUGGGAGAAUGAAGCCCAACAGUGAUUUCUGUGACUUUCUGUCUCUCAAGCAGUGUGAUUUCACCAUGUUUAGUGUUUCUUUGUGAACUUUCAGCCUCCUUAGAAUGAAGGAGCUGAGGCUGGAUCCUUGAAUGUAGGAUGUGAGGCAGUGCACACUGAAGUCAAAGGGAAAACAGUGGCCGAUGCUGUGAACCCUAUGCAGGGGAGCAAGUGCCUGUCUGCAAGUGCCUGACUGCUGCUCGUCUCUAAAUAAAGGGAAAAAACUUCAUAAUUUCAGUGGCUUUAGGUGAAAUUUGGAGUUAAUUUCCGCCUAAUGAGUCAAGGGAUUAACAUUUCUUUGAACACCUUAUUUCUGCUUUUCCCAUAUGCACCACCUGGGGGCUGGUACAUGGCAGGGUAAGGAGGUGGGUUGGGGCUGCACAUCACUCCCAGCAUCCUUCUGCCCCUUGGGUGAUGGUCCCAUGGCUCAGUGUUCAGGGACUGGAAUGGCACUGGCUUUUGACAAGUGCCUUUUUCUACAGGGUGGCUUAAGUCACCCUAUGACCACCAUGGCUCACUCUGCGGGUCUGGUCUAUGUCUGUGAUGGGCACUGGAGCCACAUCUGCAUGGUGUGCUGCAGGGAGGGACUCGUGGAAACUGCUCCAGUUUGCUUAGAGUGCCUUUGGGAUUGUGUUAGUGUCUUUUUAAUUAUUUCCUUCUUCAUCAUC